GCUAGCUCCUACGUAUAGGUGGAUCAAGGUGUCACUUAUUAGAGAGCUGCUUCGGUUGUUCUGCUAUUAAACUGCAUAGAGCUGAAAUGCAGAUCUGGCUGGAGAGGGACUCCUGAGCAUUUGUAGCCGGGACACUCCAUUCUCAGUGAUUGCACUGGAUCUGGAGGCACUGUAUCAAACAUUAGUGUAUUCUUCAGUGUGUGGAGCCUGCCCCCACACCCAUAACCUGCCAAACCACGGCCUUUACCUGCGUGUUCCGGUGUUUCCCGUGCGACCCGUCCUGCGGUAGCGCCUCGUGGGCCACUCCAGAAUUUACUCAGCGCUCAGUGGCCCCAAUGGUGAAAAUGACAAGGUCCAAAACAUUUCAGGCAUACCUCCCCUCUUGCCACAGAACGUACAGUUGCAUCCAUUGCAGAGCUCAUCUUGCAAAUCAUGAUGAGCUAAUUUCAAAGUCAUUUCAAGGGAGUCAAGGUCGAGCUUAUCUGUUCAAUUCUGUUGUUAACGUUGGUUGUGGGCCUGCAGAAGAGCGUGUGUUACUUACAGGACUCCAUGCGGUAGCAGACAUCUACUGUGAAAAUUGCAAAACCACAUUGGGCUGGAAAUAUGAACAUGCCUUUGAAAGCAGCCAAAAGUAUAAAGAAGGCAAAUACAUCAUUGAAUUAGCUCACAUGAUCAAGGAUAACGGCUGGGACUGACGAGAUGCACAGAAGCCUAAAAAAAACAUCCAGCCGAACGUGUUAUCCUUAGAAUGAGCGAGUAACUGAGUGCUUGGUUUCAUAUGAUUCAGAGGCUGUGCCGCAUGGAGCAUCCUCUCACCCUUAAUCCAUCAUUCUUGGUGAAUGGCCUCUAAACUUCUGACACUCUGUCUCUUUGCUUUGUAUUCCUUUUGUGAGUUGCCCUCAGCCUCGUGCUCUUUUGUAGAGUUGGCUAAAGAAAAGCAUCAGGAGCCUCAUAGCCCAGCCAGUUCUUUAACUGUUAGAGUUGAUUUAAAGCUGUGCAUAACGCGAUGUAAAAGAAGUGGCAUACGGGGGUCGUCCUGUAGAACAGAGGGGAGGUUUUGUCAUUACAUGGUGGGAAGGACAUACGAUGAUGAUGAUGAUGAUGUCCUAAAAUUUAAGUUAUGAAACAUGUUUCUUACAAGAGGAAAAUACCUCACUGUUACUUUUGAAUAAUGUGCGUGAUUACCCUAGAAAACUGGGUUCAUAAUUUAUACCUUGAAGAAACCAAAAAUAUCCAGAUUAGAAGAUUGUUUCAUGAAAUCUUUAGCCAUAUAGUGGUACUUCUUAAUUCUUUUUUUUUUCCAAAUCAGUAUGGUACCGAUUUAUAGGACCAUCGUUGGUUUAGACCCCUUUUACACUGCCGCGACUUGAAAGUCGCACGAUUUUUGACGUGAUUUUAGGCAAUGCCUGUGUAAAUUUGAGGUCUAUGGACCUCAACUCGCAUCAAAGUAGUACAGGGACUACUUUGAAGUUGGAGCGACUUGAAGUCACACAGAUAUGAAUGGUUAUUAUUGGGAAUCGUGGGGUAUGACUUUUCAUGGGACUCUGAUGUUCAAAGUCACAGGAAAAGUUGCACAAGUGCAAAAGGAGCCUUACUGAAAGGAUGAUUACUUUUUUUCAGAAAAACUAUGAUUUCAUAUUGCACCAAUAUUCCCUGACAAAAUUGUGAUCAUAGACAGGACUUUCAAUGUUUGAUACAGUCAAGGUGCACAUUUCUUAUGUCUGCCCUGGCACUGCUGAUUCAAACCAAUCCAGUGUCCCAGGCAUUUUAAUGUCCAUAUUGGACAUGUAACGCCUAUUUUGUUUAGUAUGUUUGUUUUUUUGUUUUUUUAAAGAGCAUAGCGGUGGCUCUUUUUUUCUUUUGUGAAAUCGGUGCAGAAGGGCAUAUGUUGCGCUUCAGUCAAAGUGAUGUAAAAUACAAGCAUAAGAACGAGAGCCAAGUUUAUAAGAACUGCAAAAGUUCUGAUACCAGAAUAUGAAUAACAAUGCUAAAUUGAUUUACUUUGUGAGAUAAUUGGGAAACCCUUUCUUGCUUUUAAAAUAAGUCAAUUUUGUUCAACAUUUGCUAUUACAGUUAAAAGCUUCCCAGGUUUUGAUUGUAGUACUCAACAAAAUGUUCCAGUAGCCAUCAUUGGGUUUGUUAUUUGUGGUCUGUGACAUUAAAACAACCAUAAAGAAUGGAAAGAAGCUCUUCUUUCUUUUUUUAUUUUGGUUCACUUGAUCUACUUAAUUUAAAAAUAACCUUUGAGUUGUAGAAGAUGGAUUUUAUUUGUCGUCUUUUUUUUUUUUUUUACAGAAACACGGGUGUCUUUUUCUGUAAUAAUUGUGUUCUGUUCACUUUUUUUAUUUCUUUCACUUACUAAUUAUUUUUUUUAUACUAAAAGCAAAGUGCACCCAACAAACGGAGCUUGUUCCCUCUUUUUUUUUUUUUAUCAUCCUUUUGCAUUUCAUGCUGCUGAAAUGUCAAUCCUAACAGAUCCCUAAAAAGUCUUUUGAACUUAUGAUCGUUUAAGCUUUUAUUUCAUAUUCCGUGAUCUGUAUAUCAGUUGCACUUGCUGGAACUAUGUUUUAAAGGAAAAACCAAAGGAUGCAUUUUUUCAUUUUGCUAUAUGACUGCCUGUUAAUGUAACAGGAAUAGACUGUAUAAUAAGAAUGUGUUAUUUUAGCAUAUUUUUAUUUCUGUAGCAUAUUCUUUACAUAGAACACAUCUCGACAUAGUGAAAAAAUACACUUGUGGAGUAUGUGUACAUUUCAGUGCUUGAAGAACCUUGUGUUUUUAAUGUAAAGCCACAUUGACAUUUCCCACUUAAGCACGACUAUCUUUUCCACAUUGUCAUGAUGUGCAUUCUUGUUCAGUGCAUAAAAUGUAAGACCGUAACCCCCUUUGAGAGCAAGAACAUUACCAAGGGCUUAUUUUGUAACUUUAAAUAAGCAUUCUACUCUACCAGUAGUAUUUAAUUAUAAGCAAAAACAUUUAACAAUCAUAAAUCUGCUUGUUCUCCACUCUCCCUUCUUUCAAAGAUGUUCUGGUCUUUCCUAUGGCCCAGGUGACUAACUUGCCUUUUGCACAAACUGGAAACUCCUUGAAAGCUAGGUCGAUACAAGCAUCAACAAGAAACACCUAAAGCAUUUGUGCUUCAGACACAUUUUAGAUGUGUUUCAGAAGCAUCAAGAAAGUUACUUCUGAAGCUCCACAAAAGGCUUUUUUUGGGUGGGGGACAUAUCCUUGCCGCUCCACAAAAUGCAUUGCAAACACCUGAGAAGCAUUAGAUUGUGAUUGACUUUAAUGGAGAUGUUGGGCAAACUCUGCAAGUUGCAAUAACUGCCAAAUGUUGCACGCAAGAACAAAAUGAACAGAAACAUAGAGGGGGUUAUUUACUAAAGGGAGAGCAUGCAAAAUCUGGUGUAGGUGUGCAUAGAAACCAAUUGGCUUUCAGG